UCCGGCGGAAUCCGCAUUUUACCCUCACCACUGUGCAUAUGUAGAGUAUGUGUGUAGAUAGUGCACUGAGUUAAUUCCUAUUUGGUAGCUGUCCCCUAGGUGGCGUAGUCGACAUAUUCCAGUCUUUACCCUUGUGCCACUACAUGUAUAUUUAUAAUUCUUAAUAUUUGUUCCUUUUUCCUAAUUGUGCGAGAGGCAAACUUGAGAGCGAACAAGAGUUGACUAAGCUUCAUACAAAGCCCCUCCCACCAAGAGUGGGUGGAUGGGAUAAAUGGACAGUUUUGGUUUCAUCGCGUUUCACUGUGGAACUGACUGUCAGGAAUCAAGAUGGGCAGCUUCUCUGUGAUCGCUGUGUUCCUGCUUCUUCUGCUGGUGGUGAGAGGACAGUCCACAACAGCUCCGCCUCGUUUGACCUCAACUGGCCCAGUAAGAACUUCGCCUCCUUUGACUACAACUGGCCCAGUUCCAGCUCCGCCUUUUUUGACCUCAACUGGCGCAGUAACAACUCCGCCUCCUCUGGCUACAACUGGCGCAGUAACAACUCCGCCUCCUUUGGCUACAACUGGCCCAAUUCCAACUCCAUCUCAGCCUCCAGGUGUAACGGUUAGGGUCAACUUGAAUCUCAAGCUCCGGGCUCCAAGUACCACCAACAUGUACGAAGUAGACAAUGCGAUUUACAUGGGUGCUGCUCAACUUCAGCAAUUCUUGCAGCUCUACUACAACGUCAGGAGCCUGAGGAUCAUCGACAUGGAGGCGGAGGAUCCUACAGAGAUCUAUUAUUAAUAUCUCAUUAUAUCACACAAUGAUUUCUUCCUUCUAAAGGCCAAUUCGUACUUCACUUUUCCACGUGCGCUUUUGGUUGCGGACGACAGGGCAUGACAUGUAUUUCACCAUCAGGGGUUGGCAGCGGACAGCUGUGAUCGCUGCACGUGUGGCCCAGAUUUUUAUGUGUAGUGGAAACUUUGCACAUCCAUGCACAUGGACCGUGUGUGUGCAUGAUAAUUGAUUAGAUGUUUCCAGUAGAUGGCAGCACUGACUUUCACGCAUCAGGGCUCAACGACAAAAGAGUAGAGGAAGAAUAGCUGCUGUUGUAGCAGUUUUAGUGAGCAGUUCUAUCAGGAGGGUUAGAGGUAUCUGCAUAUCUAAUUUUUCAUACUGUCUAGACAUUAUACUGAGGUAUACAGCAUUUGAAAAAGCCACACUGCUCUGGCAUUUUGAAAUCUUGGCCAUAAAAUUCGCUGAGCCGGUGAGGGGGGUUGGGGUCCCAGCUAAUUUUGUCAUAAGGAUUUCAAAAUACCACAGUAUGCCUUAUCACUGUAAUACCGCUCAAUCUAGAGUAAUAACUUUAACGUUUCCCCGUCUCGAUAUACUGCUUGUAUUUGUGUUUGUUGGAAUACAUCUGCCCUCUCCUGGUGUGAUGGAAUAUCACUGCUGUUUGCAGCACCGAACACGACCAUCCGCAUCCGCAGCCAAAUAUAGUAUGAACACGAGCUGGUUACUAGCACGACCGUCCCCAGCUAGAAAGUGCACGAUAGUGUGCGCAGAAAGGUGAAGUAUGAACUAGGCUUUACUGCAUGACUUUCACAAGCCCGUUUUGGGACUUCAAUCAGCAGAAAUAAUAAAGAAAAUAAAUUAAUAUAAUGAAGUAUGAAAUUUAAAUAAUUAGCUUAUCUUUUACUAUUGGAGUGUAGGUGAGCAGGGAUUCAGAACUUUCUGUUAACUGUUAUGUGUUAAUUUGGUAUGUUUAUUUAUUCACGUAAACACGUGGGCAUUGGGCUCAGUGCAAUAGGCGCACAUUUGUGUAUAUUGUGAAUGAAAGCGUUUAAUAAAUCAAGCUAACAAUGGGUAAGUUUCUCCAAAUAAGAAAACACGCAUCAAGCAGACUCUCCCAGCUGCGCAGCAGCACUAUAGGACGAAGCGGCCAAGUUAUACAGAUAAGUUAAAUAAUACAAACUACAAAUGCGGUAAAACACGUUUUAAAGCGGACAUUACAGGAAAAUCAAUGAAUGCUGCUAUGGAAGAUGAAGUACGGGGAAGUUGUUCAGCUGAUAUUGUCACUACAGGUCAGGUGGUCAGGGGAAAUGGAUAGUGAUGAUGAAGAUGAAAUAGGUGUUACUCAAAAGAGAGAAAUAAAACUGACAGCGAAAGCCGUGGCUGCAAAAGCGGAAAGUACGAAGGGAUCUACGGACGAAUGUCAAUAAAUCGAAAGGUGAAAUGAGAUCGACCACAAUGAUGAAACUGCACAAAGGGUGAAACUUUUAUUUACAACUAUUUGCAAAGGUUUCUGAAAUACAUAGUUUGGUUAUUCCUUUAUGGUCUGUCGAGGAGAAAGACAAACAAAAUAAAUGGUUUACAAGUGUU